AUGGCGAGAUUUAUCGCGACAAUUAAAGCAAUAAUAACUCGUCUGGUUUUUGCGUCACACGGGUUCAUCGCAAUUUGGCAAGUGGCAACUUUCAAGAAAAAUCCUCUGUACUGGUACCUGAGCUGUCCAAUUCUGGUGCUUUUCUUCGAGGGACUCUUUACCCUAACGAUAAAGGAAAAUCAAGAGUGGAAAUGGUUUUGUCCUUCAGUAUUUCUCUACCUGGGAAGUGUAGUCCCUGCAAUUUGGCUCCUGGAACUGGACAAAUUGGAGCGAAUAAUGAAACCCUCACCCUCGCAGAUGAAUAUCUCAAAGACCCUGGACUUAUCCCACCUAGCAGCAAAGGAUCUCGAGCAGUUGGAGCAAUUGUUCGGGGUGAAAAUGCAACUCCCUGAGAUCCAGAUAUCCACAGAGACGUGGGUCACCCUGAUAGAGCAGUUCCUGAUGUUAGUUCUGAUUGUGGGUCGAUGGAUGCUGCCAAAAGGUGAUCUGACUCGAGACCAACUGAGUCAAUUGCUCCUCGUUUACAUUGGAACUGCUGCGGACAUCAUCGAGUUCUUCGACUCUUUCAAGGAGCCCAGUAUUUCCUCCGAGUUCAUGCUGGUGUACCUCACCCUGGGCAUCUGGUCCUGGUCUCUCAUUCAAUUUACUGUAGUACUGACUGCCACUAAAUCCAGGAAAUCGAGAUUAUCCACUGGGGCAUCUGUCAGGAUGAAAGUCCAAACUGAAACUAGUUGCUGCAGCAUCGAUGUCUGGGCAAUUGCUCUCAAUAUGAUCCUUCAGGACGCACCGUUCCUCGCGUUUCGCCUGCUGAUUAUAAUUCACUUCAAGAUCGUCAGCUACAUGAACAUCUUCUUCACGUGCAAGAACACUCUGGUGAUUCUUCUGCAACUGUACAGACUUUACGUCGUCCAGACGGAAAAAAAGACACGAAACAGAAAGAGAAGAAGGAGAAUAGACCGUGAGGAACUGCCGAGUAUCAGUAUUGUCUCCAGGGAAGACAUUUAUGGGUGCGAGGAGUGCCGGGGAGGAAGACGACGACGAAGGGAACUCGAAAUUCCUUCAGAGACUGAGUAUUCUUCGGAGGAAUUGAAUCGAUAUGAAUUGACACCGAAAAACUUGGACAGGUGCAAAAGAAAAUCGAAAAAUGACACCGGAUACUCCACCUCCAGCUCCAGGAACUCCUCGAAACACGAGAAAUAUCGAAAAAAAGAGGUGAACAGGAGUUCUUCGACGCGAAGGGCUGAAUUCAGUAAAAAUGAAGUAACUUACGAGGAUGAGAGACAAUCGAAGAUGGACAGGAACUCCAGGAAGUGCCCCAAGAGUUCUAAUCCCGGUAAGUCGACGAUUAAAUCAAAGUCCGAAGGAAAAAAACGAAAGGAGCGAGAAAAAUCGGAAUCCAUUGAGGAAAAUCGAAGCUCUAAUUCUGUCGAGGGAGAUAAAACUGAGAGUGACAGCACAGGAACUGAGUCUGAGUCUGAGCAAAGAUAUCAGCGUCGCAAGCGACGCAGCAGGGAAUGA